AUGGCAUUCUAUACAGCAGCUCCUUUCGUUGGCCCCGAAAUUGGCCCUAUUGUCGGAGGUUUCAUCAACUACUACACAAACUGGCGAUGGACCUUUUACGUCCUGCUGAUAUGGUCAGGCGGCAUGUUGGCCGCUAUCAUCACACUCGUUCCGGAAACAUACCAUCCCGUGCUUCUGCGCAAAAAAGCCAUCAAGCUCAGAAAGGAUACGGGCAAUCCAGCUUGGCGAGCACCAAUAGAAAACAUGAACAAAUCGGUCUUCCGGACAGUUGCAUGGAGCUGUGUCAGACCAUUCCAGCUUCUUUUUCUCGAAGCGAUGUGCCUGAGUCUGUGUAUCCUCUCGGCCAUUCUUCUCGGCAUUCUAUACUUGUACGUAGGCGAAGGUACCAUCGCCCAUUGGAUAUACUAA